AUGUCGGGCAAACCUCAGGAUGACCGCAACCAAGAGGCGACCGUAUACAUGGUAAGUACUUCCUCUCCAUCCUCAACUUUCUAGCUCGUCAUCGACCCCUAUAAUAACCCAUCUCGUACAUAGGGCAACCUCGACGAACGCGCGACGGAUGCGCUCGUGUGGGAACUCAUGUUGCAGGCCGGCCCCGUCGGUAAGCCACAGCGCCCGUACUCUUGAUCCUACCUUCCGACAACUCACAACGAUCGUUUCUCCUCAGUGAACGUCCACCUGCCCAAGGAUCGCAUUUCAAUGACCCACCAGGGCUAUGGCUUCUGCGAGUUCCUCACCGAGCAGGACGCCGACUACGCGUGCAAGAUCAUGAACCAGAUCAAGUUGUAUGGCAAACCGAUACGUGUAAACAAGGUAAGCCGAUAACAAGAAUGCACUUUUGUGUCACGGGUUGGCGUUUGGCGUUAAACUCUUCCCUUUCGCCCCUCGUGCAGGCCUCGUCGGAUCGCAAACAAAUCGACAUUGGCGCGAACCUCUUUAUCGGCAAUUUGGACCCCAACGUCGACGAACGCAUGUUGUACGACACCUUUAUGGCUUUUGGCAUGCUUGUCAAACCCGCCUCCGUGAGUGCAAAUCCCAACGUCCCUCAUCCGUCACCCAGUAAGCAGUUUCUGACCCCACUCAUUCCCCGCCACAGAUCGCCCGAGAUCCCGCGACAGGCGCCUCAAAAGGCUAUGGUUUCAUCUCGUACGACUCGUUCGAAGCCUCGGACGCGGCGAUCGAAUCCAUGAACAAUCAAUUCCUCAUGAAUAAACCCAUCACCGUCGCCUACGCAUUCAAAAAGGACUCCAAAGGCGAACGCCAUGGAACACCCGCGGAAAGGUUAUUGGCUGCUCAAGCGAGGAAGAAUAAUGCUUUACCUUCUGCUGGAGGGCCGGGAGGGCCGAUGGGCAUGAUGAUGCAUCCCCCUCCGCCACCGGGGAUGUUUGGUGGACCUCCGGGCGGGCCUGGAGGUUUGACGGGAGCGAACGCGAUGGCCAUGUUUCAAGCUCCUCCCCCACCGUUCGGAGGGAUGCCGGGGAUGCCCCCUCCUCCACCGGGGAUGUACGCACAAACGGGCGGGAUGGGCGCCCCUCCUCCACCUCCACCACCUGGAUUCGCACCUUCCGGAGCCAACGCCUACGGUCAACCACCAGGUCAAGGGUACCCGGGGUUCGUCCCGCCUCCUCCACCACCACCGAAUGGCAUGGCCGGCGGCCCACCACUUCAAACUGGUCAAGCGGGGAUGUUCCAACCUCCUCCUCCCCCUCCUGGCUUCGGAGGUCAAUACCCGCCGCCACAACAUUACCAGCAGCAAGGGUUCGCACAACAACCUCCGCCCCCGCCGCCUGUUGGGUUUCAGUGA